AUGUCUCGUUACGCCUUGCACAGCCGCCGCAACACUGUUGCAACAGGGCCAGCCUUGCCAAGGGUGGAGAGUCCUUUAUCCGAGUUAUCUGGUGAGCUGUCCCCAGAUAUCCAUAAUACUAAAAUCCCGGCAGAAUCCAGCACUGCGAGUGCUCAGGGCUCUGCUCCUGGUCCGGCUGCAAGCCGUGUUCCAGCGUCUGGCAACGCCACGCUGAGGAACCCUCCUUCUGCUCAUGUACAAGUGGAGGAGGAGAAAUCGUCUCCUUCUGACUCGGAGGAUGAUGAGGAUGUCAGUUCCCAAGGGAAUCUGACUGCUGCGGGUAUUUCAAAGAAGAAUUUGUCUCGUAGUAAUGUAGAAUAUGAUGAUGAAUCUGAUACAUCUAGUUCUAGUAGUAGCAUGGAAUCCGAGAAAGCAUCUAGUAAGACUGAUGCUGAGGAACCUACUCCUCUUCAACUGGCAAGGCCUGCAAGGCUUCGUCGUACUCAGAGUCUGGAUGACCUGAGUAGGAAUGCAGUUCGCUUUAAGGAGCAGCAUAAAGCAAAGAAGCUCACCAAGGAACAAGCUUCUACAGUUAGGGCUGCAGAACGUAAUCUGACUGCCGAGCAGCAAGAAAUCCUGGCAAAACGUCAGGAUAAGGUUGCUCAGAAGCAGGCUCGCAACCCACCUGAAACCCAUAAUGCAACACCAGGCCCAAGCUCAUAUGUUGCGAAGGGAAAAUUUGCCGAUCGUAACCAGGAAGUUGAUGAUUUGGAAUUGGACAUUGAGGCUCAAUGUGAGGCGCUCAAGAACUGGAACCAGGUCCGUGAUGAGAUCCAGGAAUCACUUGAUGGUCAUCAGGAUGAACUUGAACCUGAAACGCACCAUGAGGAUGGAUUCGCAAAGGUCAGAAAGUCUUCUAAGCGGACUAAAGCUUCUGGCAAGUCCAAGGCUUCGCUGUUAGCGACCGAUUUCACAAACAAGAUCAAACAACUCAGCGUGACUCGCACUUCGGUCAGGCGCUGUAUGUUGUCCGCAGGUUUGCGUUAAGGGAGCUAUCGCUUAGUUGAGCGAGAGUGAGUUCAGACUAAGUUAUCGGGUGAAUAAACUUUAGUUCGAG